AUGGACCGAGACACCUUGAUCUUUUUGGCCCGCCUUGCCGAAGUAGCCGAGCGAUAUGGCGAAAUGAUGGACCACAUGAAGGCUGUGGCAGUAAACUUUGAAGACGAAUUAUCAACCGAGGAUGGCAACUUGAUUGCCGUGGCGUUCAAAAACGAAAUGGUAAGUCGUCGGGCUGCGUGGCGAGUGAUUCAAGCCAUGGAAUCCAAUGCGAAAGACCUUGACCAAGCGGCAGCUAUCCACGCGUAUCGUCUAAACAUUGAAGGCGAAGUGCGCGAGUUGGGCCAGGAAGUGUUGGCUACGAUCGACGAUCACAUUUUGCCCAAGACCACGUCGGUCGAAAGCCAGGCAUUUUUCCACAAGAUGAAAGGCGACUAUUACCGGUACAUGGCCGAAAUAGACACCCAAAGCAACAACGAAAGCGCCAAGCUGGGGCUGGCCAGCUAUGACAAGGCGUGGUCCGUUGUGACGACAGAGUUGCCCCCCACGCACCCCCUUCGCCUCGGGUUGGCCCUCAACUUCUCCGUGUUUUACUCGGACAUUAUGAACUCCCCCGACCGAGCUAUUCAAUUGGCCAAGCAGUCCUUUGACGAUGCCAUUGAAGACUUGGAGGCCCUAUCGGAGGACAACUACCGUGACGCGACGUUGAUUAUGCAAAUGCUUCGUGACAACGUGACGCUGUGGUUGUCGAGUGCCGCGUAG